AUGAUUCCAGACGAAGUUGAUAAUACUACUGGAAAGACCCGGGAUGAACUCGUCGAUGAGCUAUUGGAGCUUUAUCCCAACGAUCAAAGCAUCGGAAUCCCAUCCUUGGAGAUCUGGCCACAUGUUAUUCAGCCAGGCGAUGACUACGCUAAGGAACUCGGACUUCAAUAUCGUCGAGUCAACGCAAUAUCCGGAGACCCUGUCAUGCAUUACCAGCGACGUCGUGCCAAUGAGGCUUGGGCAAAGCAUGGCGUACCCAGUUAUGCAUAUCGCUUCAAUAUCAUGCCUAGCGGACAUCGGCCGCAGGGUGGAGUGGGACAUUUCCAAGAAGUCGCUUUUGUGUUUCAUAACAUCAAUGGUGAUGGAUAUGAUACUAAUCCGUUUGGGGGUAAUGGAUCAUAUCCAGCGGAUGCUAAAGCCAUGUCUAAGACGAUCAGCACUGCCUGGAUCAACUUCAUCAAUGCCCUUGAUCCUGAUGGGGAUUCAGGGCCGGAACUAUUUAAUGGUAACAAGUGGCCUAUCUAUGAACCGUCUCAUGGCCCUAAUAGUAAGGGUGUGGUCUUCAACAUCAAUGGAACGCAUGUUGAAGUGGACAAUUGGAGAGCUGAAGGUAUAGAGUGGAUGUUGGAGCAUGCUUUGACAGUUUUUGGAAACUAG